AUGAGUGCGUGUAAGAAGGCCAGGGCGGAAGCUACAUAUGUUGUGAGUUCAGACAGACUUAGCAGUCUACCUCCAGAGUUAAAGGGCGACAUCCUUUCCCGUCUGAAUGUCGAAGAAGCGGUUAAGACUAGCACCUUAUCAAGUACUUGGAGGGAUGCAUGGACUAAUAUGCCAAAAAUAUUUCUGCGCGAUGGAAAUUUUGCAAGAACCAAGUUCGUCACAUUAGUUGAUAUGGUGCUAUCACUCCACAACGGAACUGUAGAUAUGUUUGACAUUUCAGGUAGCAAAACUUACCAUGAUGAGUUCGGUAGGUGGAUGCGCAUGCUUUCUAGGAGAUCACCAAGAUCAGUUACAAUCAGGUUGAACUCAGGGCCAGGGUAUAGGAUUCCUUCAUGUCUAUUUUCUAUCGGCGAUUUGAGGGUUCUGCACCUGCAAAACUGCGUCAUCAGCUUGCCCCGGGUAUUCCAAGGUUUCAAGAGAUUAACUCACCUGGACAUGAAAAAUUUCUCCUCCACAGACAUGGACAUCCAAAAUCUGGUCUCCUUCUGCCCCGUACUGAGUUGUUUGAAACUAGCUUCUUUUGAGGGCAUCAACUAUCUAAACGUUCAAGCUCCUAAACUGAAACGUCUUCAUGUUUUUGCGGACUUUGAAGACAUUAAUUUAGAUGCCCCUAAUUUGGAGGUGGCCAUUCUCUCUCUUGCUCAUGAAGCUAAAGCACAUCAAUCUGUUCCAAUUGCGCAUGACAUGGAAAGCCAUGUCAAGAAGUCAUUGGGAGACCUAAGUGGCAUCAAAACACUUGGAAUUAGUGGCAUUUUCAUGAAGUAUAUAUCAAAAUGGUGCAUACUUACAAAGUUCCCUGCCGUAUUUCAUCGCCUCGAGCAUAUUUAUCUUGUGAUAUGCUUUUGGGACCAGAGGCAAGUCUUGGCCACUUGUUCGCUGUUUCAGAAUGCCCCUAACUUAAAGAAGCUUGACAUGUGGGAUCACUCUUCGAGCACAUUGGAUCAGGAUCAGGCGAGCAUUCAAGAGCUUACCAUGCAAGUGCAACUGGAUCAUCUCGUAACAGCCAGUGUGAAAGAUUUCAGGGGCCUGGACUGCGAAGUCAAUUUCCUGGCAAAGCUACUGAGUUGGGCGCCGGCUCUGGAAGAAGUGAAGAUAGAAUGGACGGGCAAAACAGAGUGCAGCAUGGUUCUUGCCAAGCUAUUAGCUCUGCCAAGGGUGUCUCCCAGGGCCAAGGUCAUUGUUACUUUUUUAUAA